AUGCAAAUCACGGCGAGCAGUUACCACAAUAGUCCCUGUUACUUAAAGCUUCAAUCGGACAUGAGUGCGCGGCGGGGAACGCGACUGCGGCGUAAGCCAGCGACAAUCUAUCAGGUAGAAGAUACGCGUGGUUUUGCAAGCGAUGGAGUUGAUGGAGAAGAGAAGCAAGACGCGUCCAUAGAAAACGGACGAGACGAAGAAAGCAGUGACGAUGGACCGGAAUGCGAGGAUGAAGAGUUUACGCCUGCUGGCACCAAAGCUAAACCACGUGAAAGCUCUCGUAAAGAAACACCGACGCGGGCUCUAAGCACCGUAUCAAAAUCGGCAAGACCCAAAUGCUCACCAUGGAGCCACACGAGGAGGAUGCGGUCAGCUGCAAGAGCAAAUACGGGCAAGAAUUUUGCGGAUCCAAAAAAAAAUAAAUUGGAAGACAAUGAGCAUACAGAUGUCAAAGACUUGCUGUUUGAAGCAGUUAAGAGCGGUAAGUCGUCGUUAGAAACUUUGCUGACCGGAUGGCGUGAUCGAUUUGAGAAGGAUUACGAGAUGGCUAUGAAAGAGGUGCUUAAUCUGGUGUUGCAGGCUUGUGGAGGCAAGAAUCAGUGCGCUCCUGAAUCAGAAUCGCUAGAUCAGCUGAAUAUGGGCCUUCUUGUCGAUCAUAUUGUGGAAGAUCUUGAAAAUAUUAAAGGAGAAUAUCCUCUCAUUUCUCGUGCCAAAGGCAUGAAAAAAUUUCAAUUUAACUUUGAGAUAUUUUGGGAUGCAUUCGUGAGGGAGUCUUACGAAAGCGAGAUUUUGUUCACUUCUAAUUUGGCCAACGACCUCAUCGAUUGGCUGACGACGUUGUCGAGCUCAGAAAUACGACCAAUUCGACAUACUGCAACUUUUGCGGUGCUGUCGUUGAGCAACGCUUUAGUCAGCUCAGCAUCAAAAAAUUCUGAGCAGUUAGCUAUUGUUAAGAGACAGUUCGACGCCGAGGUGAAGUCUCCAAUCUCGUCAUCCGGUACUGGUAAUAGCCCAAACAUUAGGAAGCUUUCACACUUAAAGGACAGCAAGACAUUCUAUGAGAAUCGAUCGAAACAGCUAUUGAAGCUCAUUAACCUGAUAUUUACUGGAGUUGUGGUGCGCCGGUAUCGUGAUGUUAUGCCAGAAAUUCGUGUGGUGACUAUUCAGUGCCUUGGGCACUGGAUCAUCACUCUCCCUGACCAAUUCCUAAAGGAUAAUUUUCUGAAAUAUCUAGGCUGGCUUUUGAGUGACAAAUCGGCUUUAGUUCGCCUAGAAGUGGUUGAGAUCUUGUGCGAGCUGUACGAGAACGAUGCUUUCACAGAUAGGCUGACUUUAUUCACCGCUCGCUUUCUGCCGCGCUAUUUAGAACUCUGCAACGACGUGGACGACGCUGUUGUAGAGCAGUGUAUUCAUCUUCUUAUCGCGGUUGACAAGCAUAGUCUUAUCAGCUCAGAAAUUGAGCUUCAGUCAGUCGAAAAACUGGUGUUCGACACAGAGCAUGAGGCUAUUCGCAAAGCCGCUGCGGAGUUUGUUUGCCUUCAGUAUGAUGCAUUUGGCGUGGCUGUUUCAAAGACUAAGAACGCAAAAUUGAAAAAGGAGCAGCUUAAUACCCAAGCAAUUGCUCUCGUGGAAUUUGCAGAGGAAUACAUUCAAAAUUACUCUGUACCAGAGAGCGCAGUAGAAACUCUUGUGGAUGCUUUUUGGGGUCUGGAAGAUUGCCUCGUUCUCCAGGAAUGGCGUCUUAUGACGGAUCUGCUCUUAGUGGACAAAAGUGCGCCAGACCUAAGUAGUGACCAGCAGACCAUUUUGCUUCGCCUACUUGUAGCCUCUGUUCGAAAGCUUGUUGGCAAUGCCAACGCUAAUAAGAAAGAGUUAGAAAAUAUACGGGAAGAAGUAACUGUGGCAUACUGCAAAGAUAUUCCCAGUUUGCUGCUUUUGUAUCAAGCCGAUCCGGACAAAUUGGCAUUAAUUUUGGAAUUGAUACCGAUGCUAACACUUAAAAGUGAGGUAAUUGGCCAUCACAGCAGCCAUGCAAAAGAACUUCUCGAAAUGUUGAAGCACGCAUACCUAUUGCAUUCGAAUGAUGAGCUGCUAACAAGCUUAUCACUUGCCAUAACUCACUUACUACAAACGGAGCAUUCGUCAUUGAAACGAGAAGCAGAAGUUAUAGUGCAUGAGCUGAUUCAAGAAAUCGUUUCUAAAACAGAACGCUAUCUGGAAGCAGACAAAAAGUUAUUUGAAAAAGUGGCGAUUGUGGCAAGUGACACACCCAAAACAAGAACCAAAAAGGCUAAAGGAAGGAAGAAAAAGAGUGCCCUGACUAGAGAUAUAUCAGACGUUGAUUACAAUUUGCGAAUCUCUCUCUGCCGCAUCAAAUGUUUGGUGAAAUACUUGAAUAUUCGGGAGUAUCUUCCUUCAGUUCUGUCGGAAUCGAAAGCAAGCGGGAAUGAUCACGCUUUUGAGCCAGACUUGAAGCAAGGACGGAUGGAAAAUUUCGUCAUUGCGCUGGGAGAAUUACUGCAUCGACGGACUAAAUCUUCUUUGGGGUUAGAUGAAGGUUUUCGGUAUGUUGACACCAUAAAGCACAUUCUAACCAUCAUCUAUUUCGACCUCUUGUGGACCACCGCCCCAAUUUUUAAGGCAAUUGAAGAUGACAAUAAGAAGAAAAAUGAUUUUGAAGAACUUGCUAUUGACGAAGUUGAUUCCUUUAUCCAGAUCCAAAUUCAAAAAAUGUGUCAAUUGAGAUCCAAGCUUGAAGAGGCGCUCUUGUCUGUGCUGGAAAUGCACCUAGUGAAGACAAACGAAGUCGCAGACGAGAAGCUAAAGCAAAGCGAAGAAAAUAUUGACGCAGAACUAGUGCAGGACGAUAAUGUGAUAUCGUACAUCAAAGAGGUCCAACGCUUUGCAUUUUUAACGCUUUGCGAUGUUCGAUGCUUGUUUGUGGAGAAAUUUUCUGAGGCAACAACCCCAUACGAUGCGUUGGAGUGGAAGUUACCAAAAGCUCUUGUUCUUUUAACACAAAUGCAUUUUGAGAGUGAGAUGGAUGAGGCCGAAGAGGACGAACCAGAACUUGAAAAUGAAUUCGAAGUUCAUGAUUCUGAGGCUGCACAUUCUUUUCGUGAUUGGCAACAAAAGCAACAAAAGAAGGCUGAGAUGCUCAUUGCGCUUGGCCGAGUGGCACUGUGUAAUCCAAGUAAGAAGCACCAAGCAGCGGCAGUCCUGCAAUACUAUACUUCAAGCGGGAAGCCAAGUGUUGAAGUUGUGAAAGAAUUUGGCAAGCAUAUUAAAAUUGAUGCGCCCGUGCGAUAUUUGGAAAUUCAAAUGACGGUACUUCGGCGAAUGUUUGCCUCAAUUCUUAUGUGGAAGCAAGACGUUGAUGCAGCUCAAGCUAACAAUGGCAACAGAGAUGAGGUUCCAGAGCAAGAGGAAUUGAAAGAAAAGCUGAGAAGCACUGAGCGGGAGCUCAAAGAGUUGGCAAAACGAUUUAGUCAAUCCUUUGGCAUUGGAAAAAUUUCUUCGUCGUUGCGUACGCCUUUUCUUCGAUUUUUGCGUGAAGGCGUUCGAUAUGCUCUCGAUCGACAAGCACAGUUUGGAUUUUUAGACAUCAUGCGCGCUUACCUAUCACACUUGGACAGCUCAGGCAUGGAACAGCUGCGCGAAUAUUUCAUGGAGCGACUAAACACAUUAUGCGAUAUUCCUGUAGAAAGUGAAGAACUAGAUUCGCGUUGGCGGGCUUUGUUUGAUUUCCAGGCAUCGAUCAUUCCUGCCCUUGAAAAUAAUCUCGCUUCAUCUGAUUUGAUGCUUUCACCACCGCUGAAGAAAAAACGUCGAUCGGCUAGCUCAGAACCAACACCGAUGCAAAAAACAUCUAUCGCAGAGGAAGUUGAAGAUCAAAACGCCGUGCUUAAAACUGAUAUUGUGGAAAAGAAAAGAGCUGCUGGUGAUUCUGUCGAAGCAGACCUGGUGGCAAUUGGUCAGCAACUCGACCAUAAUAAGCGACAAAAAUCAAUAUUACAAAAACGCGAAGCAAUGACUGACGUCCUAGCGAAUCCUUUGUCUCCUCGAAAGCGAGUGCGACCUACGCGCAAUGCUGAAGAGCCACACGCAAGUGAAAAAGACGACGUCUAA